CGUCUCUACGCGAGACGUGUUUGUAGAACGAACGAAUCUGAAAUCCCACAGAUACCGGAACACCAACAAAGUAUGCAGACCGCACGAGUUCCCCUCUCGAGCCGGACUAAAGCGACUCCGUGACGAGACCGGGAUUUGAAAAAGGCGGAACCGUUACACGAGUUAAGGAGAAGAGAAAAAGAGGAGUAGCCUACGGGCUUUCCGGUUGCAACGUUGCAGACUUGCUAACGAGCUAGCUCGGGUCACUUCUCCAGCCCCGGCGUCAUUCGCUCAGCUAGCUAGCGAGCUAACACCGAUGUAGCAACAGCGAAGAAAUGCAGUUGGAGUUUUGUUUUAUUGUCACGCUAAACCGGCAUGACGUCGUGUAACAGCCGCUGUGAAGUAGCACCGUGAGCUCGGCUAGCGGUCGUUAUGAGCAGUUUCAACACCGCGACUGAACCCUCCUCGCUGAGCAGCACCGGCUCCCCGGUCCGCGGCGGCAACAACAACAAGGACCCGUGGGCUCCGGGGGGCGCCGUGUUCCCGUGCUGCCGCGAGAUGAGCCCCAUGGACGGCAUGAUGCGGGCGGGCAUGUCCUCGGUCCAGUCGGGGCUGGACGGACACCUGCCGCUUCUCCGCCACCACGAAGCCCAGGACGGGCUGCUGCUGGACCUGGACGCCGCGCCGGCGGUGUUCCUGGACUACGGCGAGCCGGACGGCGGCCACAGCGCGGGCCCGCUGUUCGAGAGCAGGAAGCGGACCCGCUCCAACAGCUCCCGGCACCGCUUCGGCGAGUUGGUCACGGAGCUCGGGGCCGAAGAGGUGCGGUGGUUCUACAAGGAGGACAAGAAGACGUGGAAGCUAUUCCUCGGGCACGACUCUCUGAAUAUCGAGCGCGCGUUUCGGAAGUACUGCGAGCUGAACCCCGCGGCGGCCGCCUCGGGGGUCCCCCGCGGGGCGGAGGACUGCGGGGGUACCGGCGUGGAGGGCGGAGGACUCAACGGCGGCGUGCACGGAGGCCCCGGGGCCGCGGACGCGUCCUCCGAGGAGAGGGACCCGCACGGCAUCGAGGUCACCGUGGAGCCCGUGUGCGUCCGCGGAGGGCUCUACGAGGUGGACCUGAAGGAGAGGGAAUGCAAUCCUGUUUACUGGAAGCAACAAGACCAUAUCCCAGUCAUGAGGGGCCAGUGGUUUGUCGAUGGCACCUGGCUCCCAUUGGAGCAAGAGGAAAGUGACCUCAUCGAGCACGAGCACCUGAACCAUUUCCGCGGGCAACAAAUGCAGGACACCUUGGAGACGGACCUGGUGGUGAGGGCCGUCGACAGCAAAGACGUUCUCUCCCACCUGCCCCCUUUCUACCUCCCUUUUCUGUUCAAAUGGAGUGGAUAUCAGACGAGUGCUAAAACUACAGGUCACAAGCGCAAACGCUGCCAAGCCAUCCACAGUCUGAAGCUGAGUCGGACCCAUGUGGAUUGGCACAGCGUCGACGAGGUGUAUCUCUACAGCGAUGCCACCACUUCCAAAAUUGCACGCACCGUCACCCAGAAACUGGGCUUCUCCAAAGCCUCCAGCAGUGGAACGCGGCUCCAUCGGGGUUUCGUCGAGGAGGCCUCGCCUGAGGACCGACCGCCUCAGACGACACACAUCAUCUUCGUGGUUCACGGGAUCGGACAGAAGAUGGACGAAGGACGCAUUAUUAAAAACACUGGAAUGCUGAGGGAGGGCGUGAGGAAGAUGGAGGAGAAGCACUUUCUGGAGCACAAUGACGAGCAUGUGGAGUUCUUUCCCGUAGAGUGGCGCUCCAAGCUCUCACUGGAUGGAGAUACGGUCGACUCGAUAACUCCAGACAAAGUGAGAGGGCUGAGAGAUCUGCUCAACAGCAGCGCCAUGGACAUCAUGUACUACAACAGCCCGCUCUACCGGGAUGAGAUUACCAAGGGCCUGACACAGGAGCUGAACCGGCUGUACACGCUUUUCUGCUCCCGGAACUCUGAGUUUGAAGAGAGGGGAGGCAAAGUGUCCAUUGUGUCUCACUCCCUGGGCUGCGUCAUCACCUACGACAUCAUGACGGGAUGGGACCCGGUGCGCUUCUGUCAGCAGGAGCAUCACGCUGUGCAGGAGGAGCUGGACCUGCGCUGGAUGUCCUAUGAGGAGAAGCACGUUUUAGAGCAGCUGCAGCUGACCAGGAACAGGUUGCAAGAGUUGGAAAAUCAACUCCUCACACUGGAAACCUCAAAACCUCUCGCACACCCAGCCCUCAAAUUUAAAGUGGAAAACUUCUUCUGCAUGGGUUCUCCUCUGGCCGUGUUCUUGGCUCUGAGGGGGAUCCGGCCCGGGACCAGCUGCCACCAGGACCACAUCCUGCCGACCUUCAUCUGCAGCAGGCUCUUCAACGUCUUCCACCCCACGGACCCUGUGGCCUACAGACUGGAGCCCCUCAUCCUCAAACAUUACAGCAAUGUUUCACCUGUUCAGAUACACUGGUGUAGCGCCAUUAACUCCACACCGUAUGACGAGCUCCGGCCGACCUACCUGAACCCGGUCAAAGAGCCGACAUCCGACACUGAGAGCAUCCCCAGCCCGAGCACUUCUCCUGUACUCGCCCGCAGGCACUAUGGCGAGUCCAUCACCAACCUGGGCAAGGCCAGCAUAAUGGGAGCGGCGAGCAUCGGAAAGGGCAUCGGAGGCAUCCUCUUCUCGCGGUUCUCCCGCUCCAACAGCCAGCCCUCGGUCUCGCUGGGACUGGAGGGAGUGGUGAGCGUGGAGGAAGAGGAGCAGAAGCGGACUGAAAGCCAGUCGGCGUACGGCCUCUCCACCAUGAUCCGGCCCACCUCGCCCAUCACUAACACGUCAUUGGAGCUGGAGAGGCGUGUCGACUUUGAGCUCCGGGAGGGUCUGGUGGAGAGUCGCUAUUGGUCGGCGGUGACCUCGCACACGGGCUACUGGUGCUCGCAUGACAUCGCGCUCUUCCUGCUGGCCUUCACAUACAAGCAGAAGACGACGCCCCCUGACCCAGCAGAAGACACUGCAGAGCCCGACUGAAGCGGCGCGUCACACUUGAAUGGUGUCUUAUAGCCCUGAAGGGGGGGGUAUGUCGACUUCUUGACGAGACACACAAAUAAACCUCAUUCAUUUAUUUUCAUGCACACAAACUGCUCGAAUACAAUAAUGAUCUCUUUUUGUUAACGCUCCCUGUGAUCCCGCGCUUUGAACUCGUGGGAAUAAUGACUGACAAACUAAUUUAGUUUCAAGAUGUGCAUUUUUGUCUUUUUGUGUGUUAUUUGUACACAGUUGCGCACCCUACGGGUGACAUUGUUGAACUAGGAACCCCUAAGGAGGUGCACCCUUUGCCAGUAUGACCACAAGCAACACAUAAACGUGGAAUAAGGGUCUUAUCAAUUUAAUCCAGAAGAAGAGAGUUCUACCAUCACCCCCAGGUCUUCAACCUUAAGCGGCUGCAGCCUGUUGAUAAAGUGUCCGAACGAUUCCUGUUAAUCAGUGCUUAGAUCCCCCCCCACACACACACACACACACACACACACACACACACACACACUCUGGAGCCUUGUGACACAUGCCUAACCCUCGGUCACUGAGGCUUCGAAUUCUGUCUGUUCCUUCUUCCUUUCUUUUUUUUUUAACUCGUAAAGAGAAAUGUAAUUGUCAAAAAUAUGGUAGUUUAAUUUUAAAAUGAACCUUUCAGCUACUACAUCUCAAAACCUAAAUGCUAACAAGCAAAUGUGAUGCCUUUCAAAAUAAUCCAAAUAAUUUUAAUCUUGCAGAAAAAGCGAAGGGCAUUAUCCCUUUAAUGACGUUAUAAGGAUGAAGAAAGACAUGUUGUUUUUCUGACUGAUUUUUUUGUUUGCCUCUUUUUAACAUUGUUUGACUCUUUAAAUAGAUUUGCACCAAAUAAAACAUGAACAAAGCUCCAUUUCAUAUACGAUACAAACAGUAGAUUUCUUUUUUAGUACCAGGCACAAAAAUGUCUUUUACAAACACGACAGCUCAACAGCCUCCAGGACAUCUUCAGUUACACGGGAUACCUGCUUCACGGACAGAAGUUUACACCAGUCAACCACCUUUGUUUUUUAAACAUUGAUGUCAUUCACAAGACUAGAGGUCAAAAUCGGUCAUUUAAACUACUUAUAUGUUCGGCAUUAGUUAUGGAGAGGUUUGUCUGCUAAUUCUUUAUUUUGAUACCCAGAUGAAAAUUACAUAUUUUUCCUGAUUUCCAAGCUCUUGUGGAUAAAAACCAGGAUCUCAUCUUUGGAAAAAUGGGACUCAAAGUUGCGGCCAAAUAACAUUUCUGUCUAACUUAUUAGCUUUGCGUUCGUCGUUCUCAUGAAAAGGUAAAUGAUCGAGGGUAAAAAUAGCUUUUUUAUUGUUUGGAUCUCUUUUGCCUUUUCUUGUGACCAUUUUUCACUUUCCUCAUUUGAGCAAUGGAAAUGCAGCUCGUCUCUUCAUUUGUGAAAAAAAAGAGUUUCUUUAGUCUUUAAAAAAUACUCGACACCAGACUGUCUCUUUGCCUCAAUGACUCCUCGCAAAUUUACUCCAAAAGAAAAAUAAAAUGUUGAAAACUGGAGACACUAAAUCAUGAUUUUUUUUUUUUUUUUUAAGAAAAUCUUUUCUUUGAUUUUUGCUGCUUAACAUGACUCUUGCCUUGGGUUUGUCCGAGCCUUUAUAAAAAAAAUAAACACUUGUAUCGAUGGAUCGUACGCCCGUUGAAUGUGGUCCUUUUAAUGCCCAGUUAAGAUUAUGCAGAAGGUCGACCACCUCCUCACUUUGCAUGGCGCUAUAUCAGAGUAAAUGGGUGCUGGACAACAUUGCUGAGAGUGCCAACACACAUCGAAGUUGUGUUCUCUAUUGAGUAGAAACCCACUCCAUAGUUGUUUAUGGACUUCUAAUGAAAUCGUUUAUCAGACUUUGCUUUGGAUGAAGAAAUGGAAUUACCCUCGGAUUGGAAUCAAUCACAAAGUGACAGACGGGAUUAUUGUCAGUGUCAAAUUUUCUUUGUGUCCUACUUGUGAUAAUAGGGUAUCAAACAUCUUUUCGAUUUGCUUUGGUGCAAGCUGCUGCUUUACUUUUCCACACAAUCAAGGGCUGUCGUCGACCACGCAAUGGGAUCCAUUUCUUGGUAUUUAAUGUUUGUUUUUCAUGCAGAGGAAAGCAGACGGCCGGAGAAUGAAAAUGUUUCUCUGUGUGAUCGGGUGGAUCUUGCAUAUUCAUCAGCUCUGAAUUGCACAGAAAACAUUUUGUUUAUAAAACAGCCCAUUAUUGCUUUUCCUUUUUGCUGAGCAUGUUUCGUUGCAGCAGUAGAUGCAGAGCCCGUGUUGAACAUGUGACCUGGACAGCAGGCUGGCAGUUUGCCUCGGAGACCUUCGACAUGUAAUGAAACGUACGAGGACGAUUCCACUGUUGCCUGAGUAUCUUCUUCGGUCACGAACACGCGACGUGAGAAUGUGGGCGGACCGUCGUGACGAUGACAACAAUGUUCCUGAAAGUGUUUGUUUUGAGAAAUGUACGUCCACUUUGCACAUGUUUCGUUCUCGCGAUCGUCGACGAGAGCGCCGUGGUCUCUGCUACUACGCUGGAGCGCGUUCACAAAAAACCCGUUUGUCAAGACGCAUCAUCCUCUGGACCACAUGAGCAUUUAAGGAACAGCUUUCUGAAUGAGAGCAGUGUAUUGUUCUGGUUACAGACACCCGAGCAUCAGGGAAAUGUCUGCUGUUGACGUCAGUUUGAAGCCAUUAUUGAGGAAGAGAAUGGAGUCACAGAUGUGGUGUCAGUCUUUUUAAUGUCCAGUGGUAAAUAAAGAAGGGGCUGCAGCCAUAUGUAAUCAGUCACUGGGCGAGAAGGAGAAAGAGAACGCAUAGAAAUGUAUUGUGGGUGUCACUGUUGCUCUACUUUGGAUGUCAGGAAAGUGAUCUGUGUCUGUCCUUAGAGCUGUGCAAUAACCCAUGCCUGUUAUGGAUUCUAACUGCCAUCCAAAGCACUGUAUUUAUUUCCUUUUAUUAAAGCAUUUCUUUUUUGGA